AUGAAAUUGUCUGCCAUUGCUGCUGUCGUUGCGGGCGUCGCCUCAGCCAGCGCUGUCCCCCUCCGAGUCGUCGUAAUCCCGGCGGCGGCGGCUAGCGACGUCCCUACCAGAGUCGGAGGUGUUCGCUUUGGCCAUGCAGUCGGUCUUCCUCCAGCUGUCGCCUCCAUCGUAGCCUCGGAGGAGGGCAGACCAGGCCAUCCAGGCCAAGGCAUGCGCCGCCCCUGUGGUGGCCGUGGUGGCGCCGCCAGCCGCUUCCGCGAGAAGGCAGUCGACAUUUCCAACGCCUUCAGGCAUGCCCUGGGCUUGCCCACCAUCGACACCGACCACAAGCCCCACUUCAUCUACAAGAGUGGUCCCCUCCCCCAUAUGAACCACCACGGCGGGGACCGUGACAUGAAUGAGUCGCCUCCUUUCACACAGGCCAUUCCUGGCACCAAGAAUGGGUGGAUCACUGUCACCAGGGUCGGUCCCGACCAUCCCCACUCACCGCCUCCAGGACCGCCUCCCCACCACCAUCAUCAUCAUGACCAUCACCGCCCAGGACCCCAUCCUUUCCGAUUCGAGCGCCCGUCGUUCAUGGCCCGCCUCCACUUCUCCUUGAUGAAUUUGGGUCCCUGGGAGGGCAGAGCCGUCGCCUUUGUUCUCGGAUGCGGUAUCGGUGUUCUCUUGAGGAUGUUCUGGGUUCUCGCCCUCGUCACCUACCGCGCUGUCAAGAGCCGUCGUCAGGACGAGCACGAGUACACCCAGGUUGCCGUCAUCGAAACCUUCGUUGAACCCAUCGCCCUCCCGCCCACCUACGUCUACCCCAUCGAUGAGAAGGCCGCUCUCGAGCCCGAGCCCACCAAGGCUGCCGAAGAGUCCAAGUAG